ACAUCCACUCCACCUCAAGCGCAUAACCACCACUCCCGGCCGACUCGAGUCCAUCCACCACCACAACCACCGCCACCACCCCCGCCACCGCAACGAUGGUCCUCCUCGAAGAAGACCCACACAAGCUGCUCUCGAGCCUACAAGAAAACUUCGGCAUAGACGGGGACAUCUCGCACCUCUCACGCAUAUCCUCGCACCUGCACACGCUGCGGGCCAGCCGGCAAAAGGCGAAAGACGACCAACAGCGCAACCUACGGACUCUCUCGCGGAACCUGCAGUCGCGACGACAGGCCGCCGAAGAGGCGACCAAGACGCACGAGGAGCAGCGGUUCCCAGAACAGGUGGCGAUGCUGGACCGCAAGAAAUUUGCGCUCGCGAAAGGACUGAAUGAGCUCGAGUCGAACGCUCAUACCCUCGAGGGUCAGCUCGCGAGGCUGAGGGAGGAGCUCGAGGCCCUCGAUGCGGAUGAUCCCGUCGAGAGGGCAGUCGUGGAGGGCGCCGAUGAGGGGAUCACGUUGAAACUAAGAGUCUUCCGGAGUUUGGGGAUAGAGCUUACCGAGGACGGGGCGGGCGGAUACAGCAAGGCGGCGAUACGCGAUAACCGUGGAGAGCUAAUUGUUGUCAAGCUCGAGGAGAAGAAGUUUACGCCGCACUUUUAUGUCAACUAUUUCUGGGAUAUGCUUUGAGGGAAGGAAGGGCGGUUUGUCUGCUUCAGGGGCGUUUCUGUUUUUCCGUUUUCUGCCUCGGUGUUUGUCGGAUGACUCUUGCAAUUACGCGCAAUGAUACCAAUGCCUCCAAUGAUCAUGGUGUCUAUGUCUUUGAGCCCUUUUCAAUAUCCGUGGACCGGUCCUGUCCCAAGAGUAUUCUAGGUACUUGACUGUGAUAUGCUCUCUCUAUGCAUCUACGCAUCUAUGCGCUACUUAGAUGAUUGACAUACACAACCACUCCGACUUUCGUUCGUCCCUCCCAUACUGAUGC